UGUGGACGUAGGAGCUGAGAGGCAGCCGGUCAGCUCGCUCUUCUUUUCCCCAACAAAGGUGGCCAGAGGCGGAGGAGAAGAGGCGGGGGGAGUCCAGCACAGAGGUGCCCCCUGUCUUCAGACACCUGCUGCUGGCGGGUGGCUAACAUCGAGGACACUGUAGGACUGUGUCUGUGCACGAGUGUGUGUGUGUGUGUGUGCAUGUGAAUGAGUGAAAGACAGGGAGCGUGAGAGGAGAGAUUUUCAGCCUGACCCCUGCCUCCUCUCUGUCGGUGUGGAGGAUCAGUACGCUCUCCCCUCGAAUCUUUCUGGCUGAGGAGGAGGGAGGACACACAGAGCAGCAAGAGGUUUUGAGGAAAUCUCACUCCGCUCAUGCCCCUGCUCUCCUCUCUGAGGGAUGGGCACCACAGAGGCAACUCUACGAAUGGAGAACUUGGAAGUGAAAGAUGAGUGGCAGGAUGAAGAUUUCCCCAGACCCCUACCAGAGUACGGAGACAUGGACCCCAAUUGUGGUCUCACAGACGACAGAGCCUCUCCCCCCAGCUCCCUGAAUGUGAGCCCACCUGGAGGAGGAGGCAACAUGUCCCACCGGAAACGCCGUACGCUGGUUGCACCGGAGAUGAACCUUUCACUGGACCAGAGCGAAGGCUCGUUGCUGUCCGAUGACUUCCUGGAUACACCGGAUGACCUGGACAUCAACGUUGAUGACAUCGAUACGCCGGAUGAGACCGACUCGCUGGAGUUCAUCACCAAUGGGAACGAGCUGGAGUGGGAAGAUGACACGCCGGUGGCCUCAGCUAAAGCUGCUCCUGCUGAAGGUUCAGGAGAAGUGGACGCGGAUGGGAACGCCGUCAAUGGACGCCUCUGGAGGACGGUGGUAAUCGGAGAACAGGAGCAUCGUAUUGACAUGCAGGUCAUCAGACCCUACCUCCGGGUCAUCGCACAUGGAGGCUACUAUGGCGAGGGGCUUAACGCCAUCAUUGUUUUCUCUGCCUGUUACCUGCCUGACAGCGGCUGUCCGGAUUACCACUACAUCAUGGAGAACCUCUUCCUGUAUGUGGUGAGCAGUCUGGAGAUGCUCGUGGCUGAAGAUUAUCUGAUCAUCUACAUGAACGGAGCCACUCCUCGGAAUAGGAUGCCUGGGAUCAGCUGGCUCAAGAAAUGUUAUCAAAUGAUUGACAGAAGAUUGAGGAAGAACCUGAAGUCUUUGGUGAUCGCUCAUCCCACCUGGUUUAUACGCACAGUCCUGGCUAUAUCCAGGCCCUUUAUCAGUGUGAAGUUCAUGAAUAAGAUCCAGUAUGUCCACAGUCUGGAUGAACUAGCAGAGAUUGUCCCCAUGGAGCACGUCCAUGUCCCAGAGUGUGUGGUGCAAUUUGACGAGGAGAGGAUUAAAGCACGGAGGGAAAGGAUGGAGCAAGAGCACAGACAACAGGAGCAGCAGUCAGUCCCACAGGAGCCAAUUAAAAAGUCUGAGAGGCCAAAAUCCAUGUUUGUUGAUCAAGGAUUAUGAGAAGGACAGAUCUUCUGCAGGUGAAGUGUGUUUGGAGCAUGAACCUUUCAACUGACACCCGUAUGAUGCAGUGGGUCCAACAAGUCUACAUAUGCUUCCUUGUUUUACCAACAUUCAACUGACAAUCUGUGCCAUCGAGACCGUGAACGCUCCGUCUCAUCAACCCCCUGUGUGUCUUCCAACUUCAAAUUCAAAUACAAAUGUACAAAGGAAGUCAGCUAUAGGAAGUGUUUCUGCAUAGGAACUAUUAUUGGGUUCAUCGAUUCAUUAACCUGCUGUGUGGUCGGACCUGUUGUAUAGCUCAAACUGUCAUAUUAAGGAAGACGAGGACAUAGACAAGAAAUUCACGCUCCUAUAAUGCAACAAAAAAUUAACUGGAACACGAGGAAGACAUUCGACUUUGGAAAAGUUAGGUGAAACAAUUUCCAGUUGUUAAUACUCAUGCUGUGACUUCAUUUGAGGGAUAUACAAUUCUACUUUUUGUUAUCAAUACAACAAAUAUACUAAAUUAACCGGAAAAGUUGCAGAAUUUUGAACAAAAAAUUCGAAAACAAUCUGAUAAUUGGAGAAAUAAACAUGUUGCCCGACACUAGUGAUGUGUACAUACUGUAUGUUCUGAAAGAUUUAACACCAGAGAUGUCUGACAGCGACAUUGGCGUUACAGAUGCUGACCAAACACACAUUUAUAUUCAUGCUGGUUUGUGUGAAUAUAGUGUGUGUUAGUUGUAAAUAAUAAAAUAUCAGAUGCCUUCAUCUUUAUUUUUUGCAUCAUACUUGCUGUCUUAUAAAGGCUAUCUCCUUUGCUGUACUGACAUUUUAAAAUGUCCAAAUGAACGGUUCAUCAUGAAAAACAGAUAAUGUCACUUUAUUUAUUUUCUAAAAUCGUGUUUUUUGUGCAAGCAAGGCAAUAUAAUUUUAUCUUUCUUUUUUUUUUUUUUUUUUCAUAAAUCCUGUUUUUCUGUUUACAUUGCACUCACUUAAACUGGUGUUGUUUUAUUAAUUUUAAAAAUAGCUUUAUCUGUUUUUUUUGCAGAUUAACUCUUCCAAUGUACUAACAUCUGUACAGUACCUUGUAUUCAUAAUGUGCCUCAGUCGUCUUGUGCAUAAAACAAACCAGCUGGAACAUGAUAAAUAUUUGCAUUUGUGAACUGGAAAUCCCAUAUGAGAAAAUCUUUAAGAGUCAUAUAUAUGUUGUAAAAUACAAUGUUUGUUUAUUAUGUGGUUGGGGCUGCAUCAAUAGAUGCCAUACAACAUUAAAUAUGCUUUAUAUGAAUAUUUAGACUAUGUAUUCCUCAAAAUCCAUAUCUACUGUAUGUCAUGUGUAAGAUAAAUCUAAUACUAAUCCACCAUAUACAAAACAUCUGCAAUAAUUCUGUAUGACAUCUGUAUCAAAGUGGCCCCAAUCAAGACAAAAUACACAAACAUUGUACAUAUGAUUGCAUAUUCAUCUUAAAAUUGGUGCAUAUCUAUCAUUCUUAUUCAUCUGUUUCAUAUGGGAACAUUUUCUGUGUGAGGACAUGUUCUGACCACUAACAUGAUGUUGAAAGCGGCCUCUGACAGGAAAUUUGUUCUAAUUUCAUUAGUUUAUGUAGCUUCUGUGGAGAUAUAGUUUGUGAUUUCAAAAGUUUCCCCUCAUGUUUCUGUCUGCACAUUCUCAUAUUUAACUGACUUUCUUAAUGCAUUAUAUAGGGUUUUUUCUGGGGUUAGGUUGAUUUUCUCUCACGUCUUCCAUCUGUUCAACUCAUUGUAGCGGGAGGGCAGCGGAGUAAGAGUUUUUAUUUUUGUAAAGAGCUGCAUAUUGCCUGUAUGCCUUUUUUUGUUUUUGCACUAUUGGACUCGGUCAUGUUACAAAGGAGAAAUGUUCUCCUAAAGUAUAUUCUGUAUUUGUUGUCAAGUAGCAUUACUGAUUUCAUGCAGUUGUGUAGCUGUUAGUCAGGCAUGAUCAGGUUUAUUUGUUUCAGAAAAUAGGAGUCAUGAAAUGUUUGUUUCAAAAGUGCCAUUUCACUUCUGUUCUUUUGCCUUUCUGGUGCAGGAAUGUUAAAGCAAGGGUUGAACGUUUCAGCUAUUUUGUCCUGUUUUUGCACCAGCUCAGUUGACGUAGCUCAGUUUUUUUUUUUGCUGUACUGAGUGCCUGUUUGUUAACCAAAUGAAAUAAAAAGAAAUCCAGAAAGGUGAAGGAAUGUAAAAUGUAGCCUUUCCAUUUAUAGUUAUUGUAGUUUUUAGGUUUAUUAUAUCAAGUCACACCCAAUAUUAUGAGGAAGGUUUGCAUAGAAAUGGCUGAUGAGUCCUUUCCAAAAAUCAAAACGUUCAUUUUGAUUCUAAAAGCACAAUAUUUAUAUUGUUAUUAAUUCUUUGCCUACCAUUUGUCUGCUGUAAAAUGUUUGCUCAGAUUUAAAUGGGAAAUAUAUCAUUCAUCAGUUCUGCCUUGUACAUACAACUGAAUAAACUGUUCCUCCCAAAA